AUAAAUCUUUUACUCAAGGGAAAGUAGGGGUUUGCUGGAAAAUGUUUAGAAGUAAAAACCAUCAAACAAUAUUUAAUGCAAUACGUUCACAUUAAAAUCCAACAGUUUUGUUUAGAAUUAUUGUCAUACCCACGUCAUAGCCACUCUUUUUGCCUGUUAAUAAACCACAGACUUUUGUCACCAACACGUUCAACACAUAUAAAUAUGAGUGUCGAUGUGUAUUUCACACAAACUGUAUUCUCAGCUUUGAAUACAAAGAUCAUGGCGCAGUUGUGGACUCAACUUAUUUUCUGUGCUUUGCUUCUCAUGAUCAUUUCUGGAGAAGAUGAAUUGGGCACAACAAAAGAGUGUGAAAAUGCUCCCUUUGUUCCAGGGCACAAUCUUGGUGGAGAAGGAUUUGAUGUUGUGACCAUGAAGCGAAAAGGUUCUUACGUGAUCAACACAGAAAACUGGGAUUUAGGAAACGGCACCUGUAAACUGAAGAGAAACCGAUACAUGAAUGGAGUGAAACAGAAGUUACCAGCAGCAGUUGUAUUCUGGAGGACCUUUCGAAAGUGUUCAAUGAAAGUCUCCAGUCAGGUCUUUGAAUCAAGUGAGUCAGUAGUCAGUGAUUCAUCAUCAGCACUUUCUGCCAGCUGGAAGGUUGGUCUAAAUGUGAAGUUAGUUGGUGGAUCAGUUGGUGGCACCCAUUCAAGAGAAGCAAAAUUUGCAAUGACAAAAUCAAAGGAAGACAAAUACAGUUUUACCAAACAUGAAGUUGCAUGCAGCUUCUACAGGUACCAAGUAGCCCAAAAACCACCUCUUCAUCAGGAGUUUCUUGAAGCUGUCAAAUCUCUUCCCAAAUUCUAUGAUGCAACUGCCUACCGUAGCUUGAUCAGCACAUACGGUACCCAUUUUAUCAAAGAUGUGAAGUUAGGAGGGAAAAUGAAAGCCAUAACAGCCAUCAAAACCUGUCAGGCAACAAUGAGUGGACUCACAGAUACUGCCGUGAAAGACUGUUUGGAUGUGGAAGCCUCUGGAAUAAUCAAAGGAGUAAAUGUGGCAGCAGAAACACAUUUUUGUGAAGAAAAAAGAAAGAAGAUGGGUGCAAGUCAAAAGUUUAGCAACAUUUUCAGCGAACGUCAAACAGAGAUUAUCGGAGGAAACAUAAAUGGAGAAGAUUUGCUGUUUUCUGGUUCGUCACACCCGAACUCCCUUAAUAAGUGGCUCGAGUCUUUGAAGACCCUACCUGACAUUGUGCACUACACUCUCAAACCCCUUCAUUUAAUACUGAGUGAAAGAGAUCCUGUCAGGAAUGGACUUAAGAAAGCUGUUGAGGCUUACAUUAAUGAAAACUCUCUUAAGAAGGUUUGCUCAAAACCUUGUGCCAGCGGCAGGAGGUGCAGUGCUAGAGAUCGAUGUGUUUGUGUUUGUAGGCCCAGUCAAAUACUAAAGUCUAAUUGCUGUCCACCUCAAAAAGGACUUGCCACACUGAAAGUCUUCAGUCUCUAUGCCAACGGUUUAUAUGGAGAUGUGUGUGGUAAAACAGAUGGUUUUGUGAUAGUCAAAUUUGGUCGACAAUUAAAACGCACAAGGGUUAUUCAUAAUAAUGACAACCCACGUUGGCGAGGAUCAUUUCAUUUUGGUCCCAUUAAUUUUAUUAUGGCUAAUCGACUAAACUUUGAAGUAUAUGAUGCAGACAAUUGGAGCAAUGAACUCCUUGGUAAAUGCUCAUUUAAUCUUCGGAGUGGUGUUGUGACCGACACCUGUGUCUUUAAAUAUGGCACCUUCUUUUUUACCUAUAAAGUCCAAUGUGCGCCCAGUUUAGAGGGCCCUCGGUGUAAUAAUUAUAAACCUUCUCCAAUGCCUUCCCAUCUUGCUAACAUUUUUAGCUCAAGAAAUGGCAUUCUGGUUAAGGACUUGUGGAAGCUAAAAUUAGCUCGCAAUAACUCAGAUAAGUUAAGUUUCAAGAGCACUUCUGGAAAACAGAUGGAGCUGUACAAACUGUAACUUCUCAGAUCAAACCCAUAUGCAUUAAAAUAGCCGUAAUCUAGCACAGCUUAAAAAUCAUUAGAUGCAAAAUGUUUAAGUAUAUCCAGAAACAUUGUGUGAAACUCUGCAUUUUAAUUGCAUUAUUUGCUUCAUUUUUGCUCUAUUAAAGCAUUUACAAAGA